ACUAAGGAUGGCAGUUUGUGACAAAAAGAUUCUCUGGAGCUUCACGAUGCUCCUGGCAGUUGCUGUGGGUCAAACUGUGAUCUAUUCUUUCACGUCUACCUGUGCCGUCAAACGAUCGACUCUCACCCUCCCCUGCAGCUUCACUCCACUGAAGUCCUUCAAUAAAGGUGGAAGAGAAGUUCCACUAAAGAUCGUCAGAGUCCGCUGGUGUCAGAAACAUGAACUCUGUCAGGGUGACACCUCGUCUGUGUAUGACAGUAAAUCAACAAAAAAAGACUCUAAUUAUCAAUACCUGGGAGACAUGAAGACAAACUGUACUUUACAGAUCAGAGACAUUCAGCAGAGAAACAAGGGAACCUUUCGCUUCAGGAUGGAGGCUGAUAAUGCUGCAGGACAUUUUACUAACAGGACAGGAGUGACUGUCAGAGUUGUUGAUGGAACCAAAAUGAGAAUAAUCAGCUCCAGUGAGGAUAAAAAGCUCAGAGGAAAUGAAACCAUCACACUGCUCUGCACUUCAGUCUGCACUUUCCACCAACUGGAGGUCACCUGGUUCAGAGAUGGCCACGCCCUUUCAGAGACUGGCCCCUCCCUCCACCUCAGCACCCUGACUGCAGAGGAUUCUGGGAACUAUACCUGUGCUCUGAAGGCCAAUAACAAGACGCUCUCUGAGCCGCACAACCUGCAGGUGGAAUCAGGAGAUCAGGGGGGCGUUCAGAUCAAAGUCCGCAGGGCCAUUCUCCCUCACCGGUGCCGACCCGCCUGCGGAUCCCCGAUCAACGCGUUGUUCCAGGGCAGACAUCUGGCUUCGCAGAGCCACAGAUUAAGCCUGAAUGAGCCGCAUGCUGCCGACCCCUGGGUUAGGUUAAUUGGUCACUCUAAAUUGCCCACAGGUGUGUGUGUGAAUGGUUGUCUGUCUCUCUCUGUUAGCCCUGCAACAGGCUGGCAACCUGCACAGGGUGUACCUGCCUCUCGCCGUGGGGAUAAUAACCUGGCUCUGGUAGCUGGUGUGGUGUUUGUGGUCCUGCUGGCUGUGAUCAUGCUCAUACUCUUCCUCUUCAUCAUCAAAAGGAAGCUGGCAGCAGCAGCAGAGGAUCAGAGAGCUGUUGGAGGUGAGAUGGAGCAGAAGCAUCCUGAAAACAUUUAUAGCUGCGUUCAAGAAGAAGCUCACAACCAGGAAGCCAGCCGAGCUGUGGAGGACGUCAGCUACGCCGCCGUUCAGUUCCAACAGAGGAGACAGAGGGGCAGGCACGUGGAGGAGGUCGAGGAUGCCGUCAUCUACUCUUCAGUAGCCAAAUGAAGCUGCAGCCACAUCUUACUCGUGUCCACAGAACUCAAAUUCAACACCCUGACCACAGGAGAACUCACUGCCAUCUGAAACUUGAUGUUUGACUCAAACUCUCUGACCACCACUGUGUGGAGGACCCAUCAUAGCUGAUCUUUGGUUUCCUGAGUUUGUAAGUGUGAAAGCUCCCUGCUGAACAGGGAGGAGGAGGAAAGACACAAACACAGACUUUAAAAAACAUUUUAAAACUCCUUGUAUUCAUUUUUAAAUUAAUAAUG